AUGCCAGGCGAUAUCCCUAGAGAUGUGUUGAUGAAUAGGUUUCAGUACCUGGCUGAUGAAGACCCUAACAGAGAUGGAUAUGUUUUUGUCAGCCCGACCAUGAAGCGAAUUCCUUUAUCGAGAUACAAUCUCUGGGACUUGUGUGGAAGAUACGCCUCAAGGCUUCGGCGUUAUGGUAUUAAGACUGGUGAUGUUGUGUGCUCUAUGAUAAAAACAUCCCGGACGAAACUGAUCUCGAUGUUUGGUGCCAUAGCUGCUGGGGCUGUAGUUGUCAAUGGCGUGACUAUACAAGCGGACGGUCAAGAUAUUUUUCGAGUCCUCAAUAUUUCAAAGUGUAAGACAAUUAUAGCGUCGUGGGAAAACCCGGAGUUUGUUUUUCUUCAGAAGUUUUUAAAGAUUGGAGAAGCGGAUCUUGUUGUAGGUGCAGAGAGCAUACAUCCAGUACAGUGUGACCAGGCCCCGUGGUUGAAACAGCUGAUCGUGUACGAGUUAAACAGCCACGAAGACCACACAGCUUUCCUCUCUCGUCUAGCUGAUGAAGAAUUCUAUGUCGCCCCCGUCACGGCCGAUGACGAGGCUUACAUUUUCUUGACUUCCGGCAGCACCGGCUAUUCUAAGAUGGUGCCGAGAACAAACAGAGAGUGCUUAGCAAUCGCAGAUUCCUUCAAGCAAGACAUCCACAUUGUCCUCAACAACCGUAUCAUGGAGUGGAUGGCUGGAUUCCCCACUUUAUACCUGGGGUCUGGGGCUACGAUCAUAGUGCAAGAAUACCUGGAUAGUUCAACCACCAUGGAUGUGGCAGGUAUUUGGAACAUUGCCUGCGACGAAGGAGCAGAUGCUGCCCUGCUUUUACCGGUAGAAAUUAUAGCCGUUAAGGAGGCUUUUGAUAACGGCGCAGUUACAAGGCGGAUCAAAAGAAUAAUUACCGGAGGAUAUCCAUUAAAAAGGUGCGUGUAUGAUCUGUUGAACAUCAUCUGUGAUGAGUACCAUGUGAGCUACGGCACGACAGAGAUUGGGUACACCAUCAUGGGUGUAGUCACAGGGGAUAUGAAGGAUACAGUCAAAGACUGCUACACAGGUGACCGUCUUGUGGGCAGCACACAGAUGAAGAUAGUUGACGAGAAAACAAAUAUGGAGAUCACGUCCAGAAACUGCCCUGGGAAUUUGUAUUUUAAAGGUGGGACAAUCCUGCGUCACUUCAAGGAUUUGGAUUCAAAUACAUGCGGUGCAUUUAAAGAGGAUGGAUGGUUUGAUUCAAGUGAUGUGGGAUAUAUUGAGUAG